UCCCAAUAUUCUAUCCAUAUCCCCCCCGGAUUGAGAAUUAUCCACCCAUAUAGCCCCCCACCUUUCGUUCUCUCUCCUGCUUCCAUUCAAAAACCCUAAUUACUCCAAGAACUAGGGUUUCGCUAAUUCUGUCGAAGGAGGGAAUCUAGGGCUCCAGUAAACUGGCGACAAUGGACUUCGACGAGUACGAUUAUCUGGAGAAGACCGUCGAGGAGGAGAGCGAGAGGGACGGCUCGUCGUCUAAGAAGGGCAAGGACGCUGCCGAGAAGAGCGACAAGGGUUACCGGCGAAGAGAGCGGAGUGCAGAGAACGAAAGCGGCGGCGACGACGACUUCGACGAUCGGAAGAGCAAGAAGUCGAGAGGCGACGAGGAGAAUGGCUCGAGGAGAGAGCGUGAGUCCUCCAGAUUGGAGAGGCACAGGAGCAGCAGGGAUGGGGAGAGAGAGAAAGAUAGGCACAGGAGUAGCAGAGACGGAGACAGAGAGCCGGAGAGAGGGAGGGAUCGAGAGCGAGAGAAGGAGAGGGAUAGGGAGAGAAGAGAUAAGGAGAAAGAGAGAGACAGGGAUAGGCGAGAGAAGGAGAGGGAGAAGGAGAAGGAGAAGGAGAGGGAGAAGGAGAGAGAGAGGGAGAGAAGAGACAAGGAGAGGGAGAAGGAAAAGGAAAAGGAAAGGGAAAAGGAGAGUGAGCGGAGAAGCAUGAGUAGGUCUAGAAGGAGCAGGAGCAGGUCAAAGUCGUCUAGGAGGCACGACAGCGAUCGGGACAGGGAGAUUUUGAGAGAGAGGGAACGGGAACUUGAAUUGAGAGAGAGCAGCCAUUUUGAUGUCAGGAGAUUCAAAGAAAAGAAAGAAGUUGUGGAGCCUGAAGCUGAUCCAGAAAGGGACCAGAGGACUGUUUUUGCAUACCAGAUGCCCCUAAAGGCAACUGAGAGAGAUGUUUAUGAGUUCUUCUCAAAAGCAGGCAAGGUCAGGGAUGUCCGACUUAUCAUGGACCGGAAUUCAAGAAGGUCAAAAGGAGUUGGGUAUAUUGAAUUUUAUGAUGCAAUGUCUGUGCCAAUGGCUAUAGCUCUCUCUGGUCAACUUCUUCUUGGACAACCUGUAAUGGUUAAACCGUCAGAGGCUGAAAAAAAUCUUGUUCAAACUAGUGCUUCUGCUGGUGGUUCAGCUGUGGGCCCCUAUGGUGCAAUUGAUAGAAAACUGUAUGUGGGCAAUUUACACUUCAACAUGACAGAUUUUCAGCUUAAACAGAUUUUUGAAGCUUUUGGUCCUGUGGAGCUUGUGCAACUACCUACAGAUCCUGAGACUGGACACUGCAAAGGUUUUGGGUUUGUCCAGUUUGCUCAACUUGAACAUGCAAAGGCAGCUCAAAGUUUGAAUGGGAAAUUGGAGAUUGCUGGUCGGGUUAUCAAGGUUUCAUCAGUUACAGAUCAUGUUGGAGUGCAAGAUUCAGGUGCCAAAGCUGCUGAUUUUGAUGAUGAUGAUGGGGGUGGUUUGUCUCUAAAUGCGCAAUCAAGAGCAUUGCUUAUGCAGAAGUUGGAUCGCAGUGGUAUUGCCCCGAGUGUUGCGGGUACUCUUGGGGCGCCAGUGCUUAAUGGUACAGUGCCAAAUCAACAAGCAAUCACCAUGCCUAUCAAUGGACAAGCUGCAGUUCCUGCUCCAGCUCUCCCUGCACUGGUGACAUCUGUGGCCCCAGAGCCUAUUGGGAAGCCCAGCGAAUGUUUACUGCUGAAAAAUAUGUUUGAUCCAGCAGCAGAGACGGAUCCAGAGUUUGACCUGGAUAUUAAAGAGGAUGUGCAAGAAGAGUGUUCAAAAUAUGGCCUGGUGAAGCAUAUUUAUGUUGACAAGAAUAGUGCUGGUUACGUGUAUUUGCGGUUUCCAACUAUGGAAGCAUCUGCAGCUGCCCAACGAGCAAUGCAUAAGAGAUGGUUUGCUGGAAGGUUGAUAUCAGCUGUAUUUUUGCAACCAUACGAAUACGAUGCCAAGUUUAAAGGUACAGCAUGAACAAGUUAUUCUAGUCAAAUGAGAGUUGAAACAUAUUGCAGUUGAGUCUUUAGUUUUUGUUCUUUUAGCUUAGUAGAGAUACACAAAUUUAUUUGCUCCAAGUUGUAUUGCUUGUAAUGUUAGCAGCAGCAGAUAUUUGCCUACCCAGUACUGGGUAUCUGUAAUCUUCCCCAGAUUGUUUACCUCUUUUUUUGUAUUUUUGAAUUCCGAUAAAAAAAUGUUCUGCUUUUAGCUCUC